AUGACUGAUACAACUCAACUUCCUGUUCUGGACUCUCUUUCUUAUACCACUGUUGGUGAUCAAGUAGUUGUUCACAGAAACCUUCCUCAAGGCUCUCGCCAUCUGAUGGUUGCUGUGGAUCUUUCAAACUACUCCUUUGAGGCAGUCAAGUUCACUUUUGAAAAUGUUGCUCGUCAGAAUGACGUUGUCUCGGUUGUGCAAAUUAUCCGCCCUUUGGAAGGUUCGCAUGGCAAGAGUGAGACACCCAGUGACAAGCGUACUGAUGCCAUGAUCUCACUUCAUGACCAAGUCAAGAAAAUCCGUAAUGAUCUUGGCAAGCAAGUCAUUCCAUUCCGAGUAGAUGUUGGAUGGGGUGAUGCUCGUAAGAUUGUACUGGAAAUGCUUGAUGUCCACAAGGCUACUAUUCUUAUUGUUGGAUCCAGAGGCCGCACUUCUCUGCAAGGUGCUUUACUGGGCAGCGUCAGUCAGUAUUUACUGUCCAAUGCCAAGAUUCCUGUUAUUGUGGUUCGCAAUCCCAAAGAAAACUAAUCUUUUUGGUUAUGAAUAAACUCUGAUGCUCCACUCUUACA